CUGCAGCUCCGCCUCCGCGCUGGGUGCUCACUUGGGAAAAUUUCUCGCGCCUCACAGCUGUGUUUUCUCGGAGCGCAGCUGAGCCGAGCGCAGCCGAGCGGAGCGCAGGCGAGGCAGGUGGGCGCGGGGAGCUGAGCCGCUGGAAUGACGGCCGAACAGCGGCGGAAUUUGCACGCCUUCCGCGGCUAUGUCAGGAAGAUCCUGGACCCUACCUACAUCCUGAGCUACAUGACUCCCUGGUUUAAGGAUGAUGUGGUGCAGAAUAUUCAGGCCGAGAAAAACAACAAGGGGCCCACAGAGGCUGCUUCACUUUUCCUCCAGAUCCUAUUGGAGCUCCAGGAGGAAGGCUGGUUCCGCGGCUUUCUGGAUGCCCUUCACCAAGCAGGUUAUUCUGGACUUUAUGAAGCCAUUGAAAGUUGGGAUUUCCAAAAAAUUGAAAAAUUGGAGGAGUAUAGAUUACUUUUAAAGCGUUUACAACCAGAAUUUAAAACCACAAUCAAUCCAGAAGAUAUCCUUCCUGAAAUAUCUGGAUGUUUAAUUAAUCAGGAAUGUGAAGAAAUUAUUCAGAUAAGUUCCAACAAGGGGCUGAUGGCAGGUGCAGAGAAAAUGGUUGAAUGCCUUCUCAGAUCAGACAAGGAGAACUGGCCCAAAACUUUGAAACUUGCAUUGGAGAAAGAAGAGAGCAAGUUCAGCGAACUGUGGAUGGUAGAGAAAGGUGCAGAAAAUAUUCAAGUGAAAGAUCUUGAGGAUGAUGAAAUGAAAACUUUGGACGUACAGAUUGUCUACAAAGAAGAACCGGAAAACCAGAAUCUUAACCAGAAUUCCUGUCCUUCUUCAGGAGUGCCUCCUACUUAUAGCCCAUUGAAACCAAGAAAUUACCAACUAGAGCUUGCUUUACCUGCUCAGAAGGGAAAGAACACAAUAAUAUGUGCUCCUACUGGUUGUGGAAAAACCUUUGUUUCACUUCUUAUAUGUGAACAUCAUCUUAAGAAAUUUCCGCAAGGACGAAAGGGGAAAGUUGUCUUUUUUGCUGUUCAACUCCCAGUAUAUGAACAGCAGAAAUCUGUGUUCUCAGAAUAUUUUGAAAGAUUUGGGUACAAAGUUGCAGGCAUUUCUGGAGCGACAGCUGACAGUGUCUCUGUGGAACAGAUUGUUGAGAACAAUGACAUCAUUGUUUUAACACCACAGAUUCUUGUGAACAGCCUUAAAAACGGGACUGUUCCAUCACUCUCCAUCUUUACUUUGAUGAUAUUUGAUGAAUGCCACAACACCAAUAAACACCAUCCAUAUAAUAUGAUCAUGUUUAAUUAUCUAGAUCAGAAACUGGGAGGAUCUUCAGACUCACUGCCCCAGGUCAUUGGGCUGACUGCCUCAGUUGGCGUUGGAGAUGCCAAAAAUACAGCUGAAGCCACAGAAUAUAUCUGCAAAGUGUGUGCUUCUCUCGACACAUCAGUGGUAGCAACUGUCAGAGACAACUUGGAGGAACUGGAGGAGGUUGUUUAUAAGCCCCAGAAGUUUUUCAGGAAAGUGGAAUCACGGACUACAGACAAAUUUAAAUGCAUCAUAUCUCAGCUGAUGGCAGAAACGGAGGCUCUGGCGAAGAGUAUCUUUGAAGAACUUGGGACCGUAACUCUUGAAAACUUAUCGCAAAUUCAAAAUAGGAAUUUUGGAACACAGAAAUAUGAACAGUGGAUAAUUGCAGUUCAGAAAGCAUGCAUGGUGUUUCAGAUGCCAGACAAAGAUGAAGAAAGCAGGAUCUGUAAAGCCCUGUUUCUGUACACGUCACAUUUGCGGAAAUACAAUGAUGCCCUAAUUAUCAAUGAGGAUGCACGGGUGAAAGAUGCUCUGAAUUACUUGAAAAACUUCUUCAGAAAUGUCCGGGCAGCAGGAUUUGAUGCAAUUGAGCAAGAUCUCACUCAGAGAUUUGAAGAAAAGCUGUUGGAACUAGAAGAUAUUUCCAUGGAUCCCAGCAAUGAGAACCCUAAACUCGAAGAUCUCAGCUUCAUCUUGCAGGAGGAAUACCACUUAAACCCAGAGACCAGAACCAUCCUCUUUGCGAAAACCCGGGCACUAGUGGAUGCCUUAAAGAACUGGAUUGAAGAACAUCCUAGGCUCAGCUUUCUAAAACCUGGCGUAUUGACUGGACGUGGCAGAACAAAUCAGACAAUGGGAAUGACCCUCCCAGCACAGAAGUGUGCACUGGAUGCAUUCAGAACCAACAGAGACAGCAAGAUUCUAAUUGCUACCUCGGUUGCCGACGAAGGCAUUGACAUUGCUCAGUGCAAUCUGGUCAUCCUCUACGAGUAUGUGGGCAAUGUCAUCAAAAUGAUCCAAACCAGAGGCAGAGGAAGAGCAAGAGGGAGCAAGUGCUUCCUUCUGACUAGUAAUGCUGAUGUAAUCGAAAAAGAAAAAAUAAACAUCUGCAAAGAAAAAAUGAUGAACGACUCCAUUUCAAGCCUGCAGAGCUGGAAUGAAGCAGAAUUUAAGGAAAAGAUUCUCCAGAUACAGAGUCAUGAAAAAUUAAUCAGGGAUAAUCAAGGAAAAGUAAAACCUGUGCUUGAUAAGAAAAAUAAAAAACUGCUUUGCAGAAAGUGCAAAACCUUUGCAUGUUACACAGCUGAUGUAAGAGUGGUGGAGGAAUGCUAUUUCACUGUAGUUGGAGAUGCUUUCAGGGAGCGCUUCGUGACUAAGUUACAUCCCAGACCGAAAAAUUUUGGGAGUUUUGAGAAGAAAGCUAAGAUCUUCUGUGCCAGGAAGGACUGCCUCCAUGACUGGGGAAUUCACGUGAGGUACAAGGCAUUCGAGAUUCCAGUUAUAAAGAUCAUAAGUUUUGUUGUGGAAGAUGUUGCGACUGGAGCUCAGACACUGUAUGCAAAGUGGAAGGACUUUAAUUUUGAGAAGAUCCCAUUUGAUGCUGCAGAAAUGUACAGUCACGCUCAAGACCUCAAUCUGCAGGGAAUGGAUGGCCUUGAAUGAAGAAGAAAUUAGACCUGUGGGUAAAGGAUGGGCCUCUUUGUACUAUGGUCAAGUUAUUUUUCCUAUGGCUUGUACGAUACUGAGUAUUUAUCACUCAACUUCUAUUUCGUUUUCAGCAGUUUGUACUGAUACUGUAUCAUGUCUGUCAAGCACAAGUGAGUGGAUUAGAGCAUGCGAUUCUUUGUUGGCCAGGAGAGCUUGGGAAAAAUGAAUAAGCCUUAACUUGUUGCCAUCCUUCCUUUCAGAACCCACUGCACCCAUAGCCACUCAGUACACACUGGGAUCAAUGAAUGAGUGAAUGGAAUGUUGAAAGGUUUUCCAUGCUUCCCUUUCCUUAACCCACUAUGCUGAAGCUGAAACUCCAAUACUUUGGCCACUUGAUGCGAAGAACUGACUCAUUGGAAAAGAUACUGAUGCUGGGAAAGAUUGAAGGCGGGAGGAGAAGGCGACGGCAAAGGAUGAGAUGGUUGGAUGGCAUUACCGACUCCAUGGACAUGAGUUUGCGUAAACUCUGGGAGUUGGUGAUGGACAGGGAGGCCUGGCGUGCUGCAGUCCAUGGGGUCGCAACGACUCAAACACAACUGAGCGACUGAACUGACUAACCUACUAUAAACUGACUUUUGCCCUUAACGAUCCACUGAAAUUACCUUUGUCAAGGUCAUCCGUGACUCUGGUUGUCAGAUCCAUUGGGCACUUCUUAGUCCUUCUGUUUAAUCUUUUAGCUGUUUUUGCCCUGUUGAAUACUUCUUUCUUGGAACUCCGUCUUGGCUACUAGUUCUUCUAACUCUUCCCCAGUCUUUUCUAUGGGCUUCUUUUUCUGAGCCCUCACAUGUUGGCAAUUCCAAAGGUUCAAAGUAUAUACACAUCCAUAGGCAUCAGAGUCACAUAUACUUGUAUUCUCUGUGUGGCAUCUAUUAUUAAAACUCAGUGGUGGACUUUUUUUUUUUUGGCUCUUUGACCUUUCUCCUUUAAAGUUUAGUACUUUUUCUUCUUUUUUAAAUUUUUAAAUUAAUUUUUAUUAGAACGUAGUUGCUCUGAAGUGUUAGUUUUUGCUGUGGAGCACAGUAAAUCAGUUUCACAUACUCACAGAGCGCAUUCAGGUCACCACAGGUUACUGAGCAGAGUUCCGUGUGCUGAAGAGCAUGUUCUCAGUAGUGGACAACGACUAGUAAUGGGGACAUGGAAGUGAUACAGUCAUCCUUGCAAAGUUGAUUUCUGUCGUUUUAGUUUAUUGGAUAUCUUGCCCAAUUAAUUUUUUUCUUAAUCUGUGCCACUGUUCCCUUCGAUUGAUCAUCUCAAGCCAUUUUCUAGUAAUAGUUUAUGGUCAACAUUUGGACUGUGUUCUCAGGUAGGUCCCUUGGACGAUCCUGAAGGGGCAGUUUAAUUUGGCUGUCCAUUCUGUUUAAAAAAUUAGAAUGCAUGCAAUGGUAUCCUGCGCCAUUUAACAGGGUAUGCUGAUGCUUGGGAGUUUAGUUUGGUGUGUUCCAGACACAGAGACACCUGAGUUUUGCUGUCUCCACCCCAGGCCAAGGUAUUGUAUGUUCAGCUCAGGGUAGGCUCUGUAGCAAUUUAAAGCAAAUUCCUAAAACACAUGAGGUGUUUGUAAUACACUAGGAUCGUCAAUGGCUUAAACAAACUUGUAAACAUCAUAAAAUGUUAAUAUGCUCAAUAUAAGGGAUCACAUAACUUUUCAAAUAGCACCUAUUUAUAUCUGAAGGCUAUUUGGUGUCUAAGAGACCACUCAGACUACCCAGAUCAAUCCUGGAGAUCAGUCGGGUGACGCACUACAACCACCUCAUCCUGGUUUUGAUCUGAUGACUGGUUUUGCAGGCUGAGUCAGAGAACUUGCUAUUUAUAUAACUAUUCCUUGGCUUAAUUUUCUUCAUCUGCAAAAGAAGCAUAAUGCAUACCUGUAAGGAUUAAUGGAGAGUUUUUAACUGAAAUAACAUAUGAGAAGUCCUUGAUUAUACAUAGUAGUUGCUUGAUCAUGGUUACUAUUAGAUGUAUUCUUAGUAAGACAUUGAAAAAAUGAGUUAUUUAAGCCGACUUACUUGCUGAUUUUUAUUCAUUUUCCGUUUGUAUUUUAUAAGAGUAUUAAGGUUCUGCUCACCAGUUUUAAUGUGGGCUUUUUUCCCCACACCAGCAAGCAAUUUAUCAACUGGGUGUCUUACCAUUCAACUCAGUUCUGACAUUCUCUGCCUGGAGAUGGCGUCAGAGUCCUACAGGUUAAGAGCUCAGUUCUCUAAGACUGCCUGCCUCCUCCCUACAAAUUGUUACUACCUGUGCUUCUGACCAAUUGCCAACAAAGGUCCAUCUAGUCAAAGCUAUGGUUUUUCCAGUAGUCAUGUAUGGAUGUGAGGGUUAGACUGUAAAGAAAGCUGAACACCAAAGAACUGAUCCUUUUGAACUGUGGUGUUGCAGAAGACUCUUGAGAGUCCCUUGGACUGCAAGGAGAUCAAACCAGUCCAUCCUAAAGGAAAUCAGUCCUGAAUAAUCAUUGGAAUGACUGAUGCUGAAGCUGAAACUCCAAACUUUGGCCACCUAAUGCAAAGAACUGACUCAUUUGAAAAGACCCUGAUGCUGGGAAAGAUUGAAGAUGGGAGGAGAAGGGGACGACAGAGGAUGAGAUGGUUGGAUGGCAUCACCGACUUGAUGGACAUCAGUUUGAGUAAGCUCCGGGAGUUGUUGAUAGACAGGGAGGCUUUGCGUGCUGCAGUCCAUGGGGUUUCAAAGAAUUAGACGCAACUGAGUGACUGAACUGAACUUGAACUGACCAAUUGAAUAGGGAUGAAAGUUACAGCAACGUCCUCUGUGGCCUUAGUUAAUUUACCAGAGACUCACAGGACUCAGAGAUUAUUGGUUUAUUGUAAAAGGAAAUAACUCAGUGUAGGGACCGUUCCUAUAAAUUAGCUAAGAUGGCAGUGGUCAGGCUCUCUUGCCCCACGACUUUUUGCUGUCACCCCAUGUUUUGUAAAUAAUGACUUUGCAUGGUUAUGUAACAGCUGAGAUCACUUAUAGAACUGCGCAUGCAUGUCAUGAUGUACUCGCGUGGCUAUGGGCCGCUUUUUGUUCUGUAAAGCUAUGUAAGCCCCACCUGAAAAGCCCUUUGAGGGGAGUAAGAACUGUAUUGAAUUGGGUUGCGUAGUUGCUACUACUGUGCCAGCCAUUAGAGAAUAAAGCAUGUCUGCCUUCCCA